AUGAUCCCCGCCCGCCUCACCACCCUACUCCCUUUCCUCCUCCUCCUCACCGCAACCGCCUCCCCCCUCCCCCACCCCCCCCCCCCCCUCGAAACCAGAGAAUUCACCGGCCUCGGCCCAUCCCCCCUCGGCCUAAUCGCCACACGCCCCGCCCCUCUCGACCCUCUCCUCGACCUCAUCUAUCGCCACGCAAAGAACAAGGCCGCGCCCGAGGCGCCCAGCCCAGCACCGGCGCCUCCGGGAAAUGCAGAGGAGUCGCGCAAGCUCAUGGAGAAAUGGGGAAAGUUUAUUGCGGAUUUUUUCCGGAGAGGAUAGUGAGGGUAGGCGGAGGGAGGUAUAGAGGAGGGGAGCUGGGGAUGUGGGGAGUUGCUUCGAUUGUACUGUACUGUGGCGUUGGGGGGGAGAGCUAGAGUUGGGUGGCUUGGUAUCGUAGUUCUUGGUCAACAUGCGAGGAAUUGGAUGGGAGGAUCAACUUAUCGAUUUCUUUAGCAGCGCUUGUUGCUGUGUUGAGGAUGUGGACCUGCAAGUUUCGGACGGUCGAACAAGUGUGCAUUACGGGUGAAGCAUGUCAGGCUCCUAUCUCAGGCAAAGCAUUUGUUCUCCUGCUGAGCUCAUGAGGCUCAUCCACGACCGAUUUCAGGCCCAUCGACAUGUUCGUAUCGCAUCGAAGCACCAUAUGGCCAUUCAAACACACAAACGGGAAUCCAAGAAUGCAGUAACAGAAAACAUUGAAU